AUGCAUAUCAUACGGGACUUCCCAAAACCCACUUUUCCAGAGUUAGGCAGGCUUUUACCGAUUCACGGAACGCAAAGGUGGGGAUUCGAGCUUGGAUCUUUGCCUCCACGUGCUGAAUGUCGGAGGGAAGAUGAUCAGGAAGCCCGAAUGACUUCCACCGGGUGGAUCUCUGAGACAUGGGAAGAGGAGGAAUCCUCCGUUGAAGUAUUGAGCAUUGCAGCAGGCCGCUGGAAGCAGCUAUUCUGGCCGCGUCAGGUCCGUCGUGAACGACAGUUCCUGUCGUUGUUCCCUCCAACUCUGGUCCUUCUCAGACCGAGAGCCCGUAUUGCUGGGCGUUUUUCAACCAACCUCCAGCCCAGCCGGACAUGA